GGUGGAGCAGCGUCCCCCGCCACGCUGGCCCAGAUCAUCCCGGGGGUGCCUGGUCAGGACUACCCCGUGCUAGCCCAGGUGCCCGACACAGGGUUCACUUGUGUGGGUCUCCUGCCAGGGUACUACGCCGACACUCAAUCUGGCUGUCAGGUGUUUCACAUCUGUCAGCAGGACGGCCGCCUCAACUCCUUCCUCUGCCCCGUCGGCACCAUCUUCAACCAGCAGUUCUUCGUCUGUGACUGGUGGUACAACUUCGACUGCUUCAACGCCGACCAGUUCUACAACCUCAACGCAGAGAUCGGGCGAGUGAGUGGAAGUGGCAGCGGAGGCGGUGUAGGCGGUACCGGAGGAGGUGGAGGUGGUAACAGCAUCUACCAGAACACUGGGAGGUAGUGUGACCAACACAAGACUCUACACCCCUGGAGCCUGAUACAAGACCUCACGUUUAGGAACAAGUAUAAGUCUCUAUCUUCCGGGUGACGCAACACGAGGAUCAGGACUAGAAGGAACAUGUGUAGAGAAAUGGUGACAAGACGUGAUUAUAUUUGUGUUAGUCUUUGGGAUGAGUUGUGUAGAGCUAACCAUUAAGUAGUUGUUACCUCUCAUAAUGGUCUGGGUACAGGGUGUUGAUUCUCCUGGGUCAACAACACCUCUUUCUCACAACCAGAUGUUUCUUUUACCUAUGUUAAGUCUCUGUUAACACUGUAUGAGUAGAUCUUCUUAAAUGUUUACUAGUGAGUUGUGAUGAAGGGAUAUAUCUUUCUUCAAUACAAAUUUACUCUUGAUAAUUUUAGGUAAAUGUUGUUAAUUUGAGAGUUAGGUUAGAUUAGGUUAGGUUAGGUUAGUCUGCAGGACAUAAUCUCUCGUUGUUUGAAGUGUUUUAUAAGAUCGGUUAAAGCAACAAUACAGAAGGUGCCAUAACCAUAUUUACUGUUUAUGAUAAUGUCUUACACUGUAACCCGUAAUUACUAUAGCCAUAUUCUCUCUGUACUCGUCAAUACAACACU